UUUAUUUAUCACGCAACGCACGUCGCACAUAACCAACCACUCGUUCGGUUCUUUUAACUUCUAUGGUAUUAUUUGUUAUUGAGUGUAUUUCGCAUUACUUUCUGUCCCUUCAUUGAUUUGAUAUUGCGUACCGCCGUAUAACUGAUAAGGUAGUUUUGUAAAAAUUAGUUUUUGCCAUUGGAAAUUAUUAUAUCUUCAAUUCAAUAAAGAAUUUAUUUUAAUAUUUAUGGAGGCCUAGGCCUAGUAAUAAUAAAGGAAACACAAGUUAACGUGGAUUUCAGUCAGUAGGCCUACCUGUUAACUGCGUGUUUGUUAUCAAAACUUUUAGAAUCCAACAUGGAUAAAGAUUCUAGCGAAUCUGCUGAUAUAUUGGUUGACCAAGAAAAUGAUAUUGAAAACGGAGCAGUUGGUGGAAACAGCGAAGUUUCAAAAAGUGUUGACAAUCUCUCUACAGACCAUCGUGUUAAGAAGAAGGCCAAGAGGGGACUACUAAGACAGAUUUCAAAAGAAUCGCUCUCAAAUUCUCACAGUGUCGUUGUAACACAGAGAUCUUGGAAAAACACAAGACGUCCCAGGAAUGGACGUGGGAGAGGCUUGCCCAAGAAAGGGGGUGCAGGAGGAAAAGGCGUUUGGGGUAAACCAGGGUCUGAACUAGUCGAAGAAGACGUCGAUAUGAAUGAUCCGAAUUAUGAAAGCGACUCUUUGGAUAACGGUGAUGUUGAGUUGAAAACUAUCAUUCCUGAAGCCUCUGCAGAUGAAAUAAGAAAAAGUACAGAAUCAAUCGUAUUGGAGUACUAUGAACAUGGGGAUACUGAUGAAGCUGCUGCUGCUUUUGAAGAUCUCAACAUUACAAAAGACUCUUUUUUGAUAAUCCAAUUUGCCAUUGAAAUUGCUUUUGACCACAAACCAUCUCACAGGGAAAUGACUUCAGUUCUCAUCUCUGACUUUUAUGGACGUAUUGUGAAACAACGAGACAUUGCUUUGGCUUUUGACACUCUAUUGAGGAACUUACCUGACCUCAUGCUGGACACUCCUGAUGCCCCCACAGUGCUGGGAAACUUCCUGGCUCGUGCUGUUGCUGACGACUGUUUGCCUCCCAAGAUAAUACAACAGUUCAAGGAAAAGAUUGAGGAGGAACAUGCCCAGGCAGCACUGCACAGAUCUGAGACUUUACUGUCCAUGAAGCAUGGCCUGGUGCGACUUGACAAUGUGUGGGGAGUGGGCGGUGGCUUGCGUCCCGUUAAGUACCUGGUCCGUCAGAUGAACCUGCUGCUACAAGAGUACCUCUCCUCAGGAGACAUGCACGAGGCCACUCGCUGCCUGGUGGAACUCGAAGUGCCACAUUUCCACCAUGAACUUGUUUAUGAGGCUGUAGUGAUGACUCUAGAGGCCCUCAGCAGCAGUGUGGAGGAAGCUAUGUGUCGUCUGCUCAAGUCUCUCUCAGCAGCUGUCAUAAUCACACCUGAUAUGAUGGAGAGGGGAUUCCAGAGAGUUUAUGAAGACAUGCCUGAUAUCAUUUUGGAUGUGCCUCUGGCUGGAACAGUUCUGGAACGAUUUGUUGAACAGUGUCAUAUUGCUGGUUUCAUAUCUGAAGACAUGGUCAAGAAGAUGCCUACCAGAGGCCGCAAGAGGUUUGUCUCUGAAGGAGAUGGAGGUCGUAUCAAGGACAACAAGGCUACCAUUUAAAACCACCGCUACAAAAAUCUGCAAACAAUAUUAUUUUCUUCAUUGUAUGUUUCUUCCCUUUGCAAGAUAGGCACACCAUUAUCAUGUAAAUAGAUUUUAACAGUAUUUUGUUUUAGGUUUUGCAUUUAUUUUUAUCGAUUAAUAAUAUUGGUAAUUCAAAGUAGUGGUUGUAAUAGUUAGCUAUCAAAGCUUACAGUUAUUGAUAAUUAUUUGUGACUCGUGCGGGCUGGUUUUUUUGUACUGUUUCUACUUGUUACAUUUUACUUUGAUUCUUGAGUAAUGGGAAUAAUUAAUAAGGUGUGCUUUUUUUUGCAAUAAGUGAGAAGUAAAAGGCGUUUUUGGAUUAACAUGUUGAAUUUCAAAGUUGAAGGUAGAAUUUGAGUUUUGUUUUAGGGUGUUCUAAGUACUGGGAUUGUAAUCAACAGUGUGUCUCUGAUUGACUAUCUGUCAACAUUGAUUUGGUUUGUUAAAUAAAAGUCAAUAAUACUGAAAAAAUUA